AAGGUAACAGAAAGACUGCAAAGGCAAAAGUGACUGUUUAUGACCAUGGAAGUGGGAGGAUAGAAGUAAAUGGGGUCGACUACCUGCUCUACUUUCCGGUGACUCAGGACAGGCCGCUGAGCGCGUCCGAGUAGAAAGCUGCGGACACAGUCGGUUGUCACGGAGAUGAGGAGGCUGUGAUUGAUGAAUCGCAAAUCCCCGCCAGUUGCUCCCGAAGAGGGAGGCUCCUCCCAGCCUUUGCAGCGCCCUCCAGAUCCAAGACAACCGGGAGGCAGAUGCAGCCGGCAGACAGGAGGCUGCCGCCCCCGAGGCGCUGAGGCCCCUUCCUCUCCCUGCUGCCCCGGCUCCAGGAUUUCCUCCACGAUGGCCUGUAACCGCUCGUCCAUCGAGACCUACGAAUACCUGCUGCCCAGCGGGAGCCACGCGGCAGACCCCGGGCCCCCCGCGCCGCCGGCGCCCCUCAGGGUGUCCCUGGCGGUUCUCAUGAUGCUGACGGUCGUGGUGGGGCUGCUCGGCAACGCCGUGGUCUGCAUCAUCGUGUACCAGAGGCCGGCCAUGCGCUCCGCCAUCAACCUGCUGCUGGCCACGCUGGCCUUCUCGGACAUCAUGCUGUCCCUGUGCUGCGCGCCCUUCGCCGCCGCCACCCUCGUCACCGUCCGCUGGCGCUUCGGGGACUCCUUCUGCCGGCUCUCGGCCGCGCUCUACUGGUUCUUCGUCCUGGAGGGCGUGGCAAUCCUGCUCAUCAUCAGCGUGGACCGCUUCCUCAUCAUCGUCCAGCGCCAGGACAGGCUGAACCCCCGCAGGGCCAAGGUGAUCAUCGCCGCGUCCUGGGCGCUGUCCUUCUGCGUCUCGGCCCCGUCGCUGGCCGCCUGGCCGCUGGUGGAGGUGCCGGCGCGGGCGCCGCAGUGCGUGCUGGGCUACACCGACCUGCCGGCCGGCCGCGCCUACGUGCUGGCGCUGCUGGGCGCCGCCUUCUUCGCGCCCUUCGCCGUGAUGCUCGGCUCCUACCUGGGCAUCCUGCACACGGUGCGCAAGAACGCCGUGCGCGUGCACAACCAGUCAGACAGCCUGGACUUGCGGCGGCUGCCCCGCGCCGGCCUGCGGCGGCUCCAGCGGCAGCAGCAGGUCAGCCUGGACCUGAGCUUCAAAACCAAGGCCUUCGCCACCAUCCUGACCCUCUUCGUGGGCUUCUCGCUGUGCCGGCUGCCGCACUGCGUCUACAGCCUGCUGUCCGUGUUCAGCCGGAGGUUCUACUGCGGCCCCUCCUUCUACGCCACCAGCUCUUGCAUCCUAGGGCUCAGCUACCUCAAGUCCGUCUUCAACCCCAUCGUCUACUGCUGGCGAAUCAAGAAGUUCCGCGAGGCCUGCCUGGAGCUGCUGCCCCAGACCUUCCAGACGCUCCCCAAAGUGCCUGAGCGGAUCCGCAGGCGGAUCCAGCCGAGCACCGUCUACGCGUGCACCGAAAACCAGUCCGCCGUGGAGGGGGUGGCGGUGACCCCCUGCCCCCCGCGCGGCUUCCUGGGACUCCCGUGCAGUCAGCACUUGGGGGGGCCUCUUAGCACAAAGGGCCUCAUCUGUUACCGGGUGAGCUGCGGCUCCCAGGUUGGCACGAUGAAUUAUUUUUGUUCUCCCUGCGGGUCUGAUGGAAACUGGACGGCCGUCACGACAAAAGGGGAAACGGUGGGUGAUGAAGGAGUCCCAACGUUAGGGAGGCGAGGGGAGCAGGGAGGGAGGUUGGCUGCGGGGCAGGAGGAAAGCUCUGUCUAAAGAGCUCUGUCAAGAUCUGCCUCGCAGACAGCCGUGGUGCCGUGUUCUGACGCGAGAAACCCAGGUGGUUCACCACUGGGUCAUCAGUCCGUGUGUUGGCGCCAGCGUUCUUCGGAGGCGUCUGCGUGUACGGCGUACGUUGUGCAAACGUGCCAGGUUCUUCACAGGCCUCAGAUGUGCGUUUUGCACGAGGCCGACUCGUCCGUUCUAUAAACCAAAAUCACGCGGGAAGCAGAGGAGCCCCUGGGCUUUUCAGCUGCCCCCGUGUGACACGUGGGAGGCCUUGGUGGCUCGAAGCCCAGAGAAUGUUCGGGGGCAGCUCAGCGGAAAUGACAAGCCCACCCCAGCGCACAUCCUCAAACCUCCUCCCUGGGCCGGCCCACCUGGACCCUCACCCUGAAGCCUGUCACCUCCCUGCCUGCCGUGACAGCCCCUGCCCCUUCCCUCUCUCUUGCCUCUGGUUCCCGGGACCCCUUUGUCCUCGUUCUGUCUGUCCCCGUGAGCUGGAACCACACUCCUUCUCCUGUGAUCCAUCUUUUCAGCAAGUACUUGCAGCGACUUGCUUUCAGCCCCAGAAGCGGUCGGGGGCUCUGUCUACAUGUUCCUCUCGACGCGCUGAGGCUGCCGCUUCACCCCGUCCCAGGACCUGCGGCGGGGACGCAACGACCCACUCCCACUGACCUCUGUGUUCCUCUACCUCACUCAGGGCCGCAGGGGUCUGGCCGCUGCUGUCGGGGCCACCUCCCCGGGACCGUGGUCCCCCAGCCCAGGCAGGGUUGGGGUCCCAGGAGGGCAGCUGCCUAGAGGGGACCUGCUGCUUGUCCCGUACGCCCGGCCUCGACACCCAGGGCCCCCUUUACCUCUGGGAGCUUCUGAUGGGGGAGGUGACUUUCCUGCGGUCAGGGCACAUGGUCGAGUCCACGGAGCUCUCCUCACAGCUUCAGAUCUGAAGAGACUGGGAAAUUUAAGGAGAAAUUUAGAAAAUACGGUUCUAAGUCUCACUCCAUCAGGAACUAGUCACAUGACCUUGCUCGUUUCACCCCCACUUCUCUGGGCCUCAGUUUCCCCAUCUGCAAGCGAGGAAGCAGGCCUAGAGGGUCUCCCACAUCCCUGCCGGGGUCCGUGCCAUGUGCGUGUUUUCCACUUGUAGUCACCAGAUCCAUCCACGCGGUGAGCAUUUAUUAAGUGCCUACAACAUGCAAGGCACUGUAGGGGACGGUGAGAGUCACGCCCGUCUGGGCCCAAAGGCACAUGUCUGAUUUAUCUCAGGAUAACCGCAACUCAAACACAGACGCUCCCCUUUGUGUUUUUCUUCUCAUUUCCUUUCCAAGGUUGUAUGAAGAGACCAGCUCCCCAUUCCCAUGCUUUCCUGCUGUGACAGAAGCAAAAAAGAAAGAUAACAUAAUUCACAUUAACCUAAGUCCAGACGAGGGCUUUUCUGAAAAUAAUUGGCACUUGUUUUUUUGUUUUUGUUUUUUU